UAUGCGCUAAUGUUUACAUGGAUCCUCUCCCGAAGCCGAAUGCAUUUUUAGGAAGUCCUAUCUUAUCUGUAAGUCGGCAGUCAAGGUGGUAUCAUGACGAUAUUCAAGUUGGAACGCUUUCCCCACGUUUGUCGGACGUGUUUGCAGCCCAAGGCCGAGGAACAGAUGACGAUCCUGAAUGAACAUAACGAAAAACACGGUGCUAAACUGAUUGACCUGUUGGAGGAACUCACAUUUCCAAUACCAGAGGAGCUCAAUUUUUUCACACCGAGCAGCAUUUGUAUGGAUUGUUUGAAAGAGUUGGACAAAUUCUUGGAUUAUAGGAAACGAUUGAAUUAUGUACUCAAAUUCAUCUUUGGAUUGGCCCAAGUCAAGAAGGGCAACAUUGCGACGCUCAAAGAUCUUUUUACAGAGGACAGAACCAUCACGAUGACGCUUCUAACGGAAUUGCGUAUUCUGGAUAGAGGUGAGCUUCAGCUGGAGGAUUUACUAGGGGAAUUUUCGCAGUAUGAGAUAGGUUCAAUGACUGACGUUAAAAAGGAAUAUCGAGAGGAUGAAUUGGAUCAAAAUUUCCUAGAAGAUUCACUGGUAAAGGUGGAAGUAGAUGAGGGAGGCAUGAUUGUUGAGUAUUUGGAAACGACUGUUAAACGCAAGCGUGGGCGCCCAAAGCUAAAAACAACAGAUAGCCCAAAGGUGAAGAGAAAGCCCGGUCGUCCGAAAAAAAUUAUCGAUGAUUCGGAAGAGGAAGAUAAAGCUCCUAACAGUCUGAAAAAUGAAGAGAUGGAUCGUGCUGAUUCUACAGAGGAGGAUGAUUUGGAUGAGAACGAUAUGAUCAUCGAGCGGUUGUCGAAUGCCUCCGAACAUUUCGCUGAUCAGGAUUUGACUGAGAUGCUUGAUAACUCAGAAAGCAAUUUUCAAGAGGAUGUUGAUUCUGAUGAGGAGUUCCAAUUAGACGAAUCACUCUUGGGGAGGCAGAAAAAGCACAAACGACUUUCUCCUAGGGGUCAGAAAAAAGGCGAUUUGCAGUAUUGUUCUAAGUGCAAAUUUAAAACGUAUUAUCCAAAGACAUUCGAUGUUCAUAUGGAGAAACAUUUAAAAAGGGAGCAAUUUCCAAUGCUGCAGCGCUGCAAACGGUGUGACAUGGAGUUCGAAACUAAAAAGGAGCUGGACAAACACAAACGUCUCGAGCAUCGCGACUUUAUGUGUGACACCUGUGGAUUGUCUUUCGAGCAGAAAUUUGCUCUCGAAACUCACCGGAAGCGACACGAGGAUGUGCGUCAGUUCAAGUGUGAAUACUGUCCAAUGGAGUACUACACCCGUCCGGAAAUGUUGCUCCACGUGAAACAAGUCCACCUGAAUGCUUUCCAGGUGAAAUGUCCCGAUUGUGGGCUUAGCUUCAAGACGAAAUCCACACUAAAUCAGCACAUAAAGACACACACAAACCAGCGGACACAUACAUGCAGCGUGUGUGGCUACGGUUUCAAAUCGUACACGCAUUUGAAUCGACACAUCAAAUCUGUCCAUCAAGAUGUGAGAUAUAAUUGCGAUCAUUGCGAGAUAUCUUACGGUCGCAAGGAUAAGCUGCGAAUGCAUAUGGAGAAGGUGCACAAUAUCCAAACGUAUUUUGUCUGUGACAUCUGCUUGCAAUCAUACAAUUCAAAAGACAAAUUGGAUGAGCAUAGGGCUCAUCAUGAUAACCCAAAGCCAUUACAAUGCGGAAUCUGUUUGGCAGCUCACGUAACACAGGAGGAAUUCGAUCAACAUCUCUGCAUAACCUACAAAGAUAACUAUAUGUGCUGUAAUCGAGAUUUCAAGUAUCAUUUUUACUACAACAAACACAUGUUUUUGGCGCACGGUAUGAAGACCAACGUACGAGUAAAACCCACCGAAGGACUUCUACUAGGUCAAGUGCGGGCGAUGAGGAAACAAGCCGAACGCUGCCCGAAAUGCGAGCAAGAAUUCCCUACACGAAAUCAGAAGAAACAGCACAUGAUUUCGUGUCGGGGUCCAAACACGACACCUACAUCCCUCGGAUCGAACGAAACCACAUCGGCGAUCUUAGUGCCAACCACAUCCGUGGCGGAUCCGUCCGUGACUGCGGUGACGAAUACAUACGAGAUCGAGUUAAUCGAGUGCUAUGAAAAUAAGGAUGACAUCGUGCAUAAAGUGGAAGUAAUUUGAAUGCGAGCAGGACAAAGCGCUUAUCGAGGCAUCGAUUAUCAUUCGCCAGACAGCGUAUUGUGUAGGUGUAAAAUGCUGGCAGUUUUACAGCAUCGACAUGUAUUAUAGUAAAGCCAUAAGUUAAUAUUUGUUUCUGUUUAUGCCACUGGAACGUGGCGGGUGAAUGAGCGAUCGUGUUUUGAUCGUUUUAUUACCCGCUGUUGAUGCGAUUUUCUGUUGAAGUAAGAAAUAAAUAACAUUAAAAACUA